AAAAACCUAAACCAAUACUAAAGAAAAUGGAGAGAGUUAAUAAUUAUAAGUUGUGCGUGGCAUUGCUGAUCAUGAGCGUGAUGAUGGCAAUGGCGGCGGCACAGAGCGCUACAAACGUGAGAUCAACGUAUCAUUUAUAUAACCCACAGAACAUUAACUGGGAUUUGAGAGCAGCAAGUGCUUUCUGCGCUACUUGGGAUGCCGAUAAGCCUCUCGCAUGGCGCCAAAAAUAUGGCUGGACUGCUUUCUGCGGUCCUGCUGGACCUCGAGGCCAAGAUUCCUGUGGUAGAUGCUUGAGGGUGACGAACACCGGAACAGGAACUCAAGCAACAGUGAGAAUAGUAGAUCAAUGCAGCAAUGGAGGGCUUGAUUUGGAUGUGAAUGUCUUUAACCAAUUGGACACUAAUGGAUUGGGCUAUCAGCAAGGCCACCUUAUUGUCAACUAUGAAUUUGUCAACUGCAAUGACUAAUUAAUCUGCUUCCAGAAAAUUAAGUAGCUACUGUAGUAUCUUAUUUUUCAGAGCUGCGCUGUUUAGAAUAAGAAGGGGGCUGAGAUUGCUUUUAAUAGUAUACUGUAGUAAUUAUCUGAAAGCUCUACAUGUUUGGUUGCCCUUCACGAUUAAUAGAAUAAAAGCUUGUUCUUAGUACUA